UCAUUGCAGAAUCCUGAGGAACAGAUUUCCGGAGAGUUUUGUGAGUGCGAUAACUUCAAUUGCCCCCGACACGAUCGCAAAAUCUGUGCAGAACAUGGCGAAUGCAACUGUGGGCAGUGUAUUUGUGCUCCUGGAUGGACAGGUCGGGCAUGCGAAUGUCCCAUUAGCCAAGACUCCUGCAUGUCUGCAAAUGGGAAAAUCUGCAACGGUAAAGGAGAAUGUAUCUGUGGUCGAUGCCGCUGCUUCGACGGUCCAGAUGGUAAUCGAUACUCGGGAGCUAAAUGCGAGAUUUGCCCUACUUGCCCCACGAAAUGUAUUGAAUACAAGCCAUGCGUGAUGUGCCAGCAAUGGGGAACUGGUCCAUAUGAUGAGGAGCGGUGCGGAGAGUGCCCAUUCACAGUGAUUCCUGUAGAGAAGCUUCCAGAGCUCAACGACACAACGGCGUGCCAGUAUGUUGAUCCAGCUGAUGAUUGUACUUUCUAUUAUCUCUAUUAUUAUGAUGAAGCUACUGACAACGCUACCGUUUGGGUUCGCGAACAUAAAGGUAUGUGCAGGCAGAAUUUCUUUUGUUGA